GACACCUCCACGGCACACACUUCCCGCUGUCGCCCCUGCCCGCGCUGGGCUGAGGCGGCCUCGCGCCGGGAUUCCCCGGCAGCGGCACCUGGUGCCGGCGGGCGCCGGGCCGCAUGAACAAUAGGCGGCGGUCCCGGCCCCGCCGUCCCCCGCAGUGCCCGGCUGCCGUGGGCGCCUCCCCUUAUGGAGCAGCCUCGCCAUGGAGCCCCUCACCGAGCUCAGCCAAGAGGGCGCGGGCGGCGGGGAGCCGCCGGGCGGCGGGCCGCUCUGGACCGCCGUCUUCGAGUACGAGGCGUGCGGCGAGGACGAGCUGAGCCUGCGGCCGGGGGACGUGGUGCAGGUGCUGUCCCGGGACUCGCACGUGUCCGGCGACGAGGGUUGGUGGACGGGCAAGAUCGACCAGCGCGUCGGCAUCUUCCCCAGCAACUACGUGAGCAGCGGCGUGCCGGGGGGCGGCCCGGAGCUGCGCGCCCGAUACCCGCCGCCCCCCGCCAUACAGCUCCUGGAGAUUGACUUCUCAGAGCUUGUUCUGGAGGAAAUCAUUGGCAUAGGGGGCUUCGGAAAAGUGUACCGAGCUGUGUGGAUAGGAGAUGAGGUUGCUGUCAAGGCAGCUCGCUAUGACCCUGACGAGGACAUCAGCCAGACCAUUGAGAAUGUCCGCCAGGAGGCCAAGCUCUUUGCGAUGUUAAAACAUCCCAACAUCAUUGCCCUCAGGGGCGUGUGUUUAAAGGAACCUAAUCUUUGCCUGAUCAUGGAGUUUGCUCGUGGAGGAUCGCUAAAUAGAGUGUUGUCUGGUAAAAGGAUACCUCCUGACAUACUAGUGAACUGGGCAGUACAGAUUGCGAGGGGAAUGAACUACCUGCACGAGGAAGCGAUUGUUCCCAUAAUUCACCGUGACCUGAAGUCCAGCAACAUACUGAUACUCGAAAAGGUGGAAAAUGGAGAUCUGAGCAACAAGAUGUUGAAGAUCACGGAUUUCGGCUUGGCCAGGGAAUGGCAUAAAACUACCAAAAUGAGCGCAGCUGGAACAUAUGCCUGGAUGGCUCCUGAGGUCAUCCGCUCCUCCAUGUUCUCCAAAGGCAGCGAUGUUUGGAGUUAUGGUGUGCUGCUUUGGGAACUGCUAACAGGAGAAGUGCCAUUCCGAGGAAUUGAUGGUCUUGCAGUAGCAUACGGUGUUGCCAUGAAUAAACUUGCCCUUCCAAUCCCUUCCACGUGUCCAGAGCCUUUUGCCAAACUCAUGGAAGAUUGUUGGAACCCUGACCCACACUCACGACCUUCCUUUGCCAGUAUCCUAGACCAUCUUACUGCCAUAGAAGAGUCUGGUUUCUUUGAAAUGCCCAAAGAUUCCUUCCACUCCCUGCAGGAAGACUGGAAACAAGAGAUCCAAGAGAUGUUUGAUCAGCUCAGAGCCAAAGAAAAGGAGCUGCGCACAUGGGAAGAAGAGCUGAGUCGUGCUGCUGUUGAACAGAAGAAUCAUGAAGAGCUGCUGCGAAGGCGGGAACAGGAGCUGGCAGAACGCGAGAUUGACAUCCUGGAAAGGGAGCUCAACAUCAUCAUUCACCAGCUGUGUCAGGAGAAGCCUCGAGUAAAGAAACGCAUGGGAAAGUUCAAGAGGAACCGGCUCAAGUUAAAAGAUGGCAAUCAUAUCAGCCUACCUUCAGAUUUUCAGCAUAAAUUCACUGUGCAGGCUUCUCCAACGAUGGAUAAAAGGAAAAGCUUGAUCAGUAGCUGCUCCAGCCCUCCUGCAAGUCCUACCAUUAUUCCCAGACUCAGGGCCAUACAGUUGACUCCUGCUGAAAGCAGUAAAACGUGGGGGCGAAGCUCAGUCCUUCCAAAGGAGGAAGGAGAGGAAGAAGAGAAGAGAGGCCAGAAGAAAAAGGGACGCACCUGGGGACCAAGCUCACUUUGUCACAAGGAGCUAGGUGCAGGAGAAGAUGGUCUGAAAGCUCUGGUAGAAGGAUACAAACAGUGGUCAUCCAGUGCACCGAACCUUGGAAAGAUCCAGAGAACUGCACCAGCUUUUCCAGGAUUCACCAGCUUAGCAGAGAUGGAUGAUGAAGACAGUGAAUGUCUUAAUGGAGAGGACAAAGUGCACCCUUCACCUGUGCACAAUCAGUCAUACCUCUGCAUCCCAUUUCAGAAGAAUGAAGACUGGGAUGGCCCUUCUAGUGAUGCCAAUGAGGAGUCCACCCCUGUAAACUCUGCUACGAGUACCCCACAGCUGACACCCACCAACAGCCUCAAACGUAGUGGCUCCCACCACAAGCGAUGUGAGGUUGCACUGCUUGGCUGUGGAGCAGUGCUGGCUGCUGCAGGCCUGGGUUUUGAUCUGUUAGAAGCAGGGAAGUGUCAGCUGCUGAUUGAGGAGGAGCCGGAGGUGCCCAAGGAAGAGAAGAAGAAGCGUGACAGCAUUUUUCAGCGAGCUGGACGCCCACGCAGGAGCACUAGUCCACCUUCCCGGAAGAUCUUCAAGAAAGAAGAUCCCAUGUUAUUGCUAGGCGAGCCAUCCACAUCCCUUACCCUUCUUUCCCUGUCUUCCAUUUCCGAAUGUAAUUCCACCCGGUCCCUGCUGCGCUCAGACAGUGAUGAGAUUGUGGUGUAUGAAAUGCCUGUCAGCCCAGUGACAGUCAAGGCUCCUUUGCCAGCCAUUACGAACCCACUGGUCAACGUCCAGAUUGAGAGGUUCAAACAAGACCCCAACCAGUCCCUGACUCCCACACAUGUGACAGUCUCUUCCCACACCCAGCAAAGUGGGCACAGGCGCACACCUUCUGAUGGGGCCAUCAAAGGGAGUGGACUCAUUGUCAACGGGUGCCCAACCAGUGGAUGCCCUUCCAGUAGCUGUUUAACUGGAGCACUGGGAGCAGGUGUAUUAAAAACACCUAGUCCAAGUAGAGAUCCCACUGAGGUCCCUCGCCUGCCAGACCCCAACCUUGUUUUUCCUCCAACCCCAAGACGAUGGAAUGCACAGCAGGAUCCCACACUGGAAAGACCCAAGACAUUGGAGUUCCUGCCCCGACCACGUCCUGCAGCCAGUCGGCAGCGGCUUGAUCCCUGGUGGUUUGUGUCACCCAGCAAUGCCAAGGGAGAAUCUUCUGCCAACAGUUCAAGUACUGAUACUCCAAGCAAUCUGGACUCUUGUUUUGCUAGUAGCAGUAGCACUGUAGAAGAGAGACCUGGACUGCCUGCACUGCUUCCUUUCCAGGUGGGUCCUCCUGUAGAGGAGCGGACACUGUUGGACAUGGAUGCUGAGGGGCAGAGCCAGGACAGCACCAUUCCGCUAUGCAGAAGUGAACUUAACACACACAAAGCUGCAGCAUAUGAACUCAAGCAAGAAUUCUGGUCUUAAUAUGAAACCAAUGGGGACAGUGAGUCCCUCUAAAUUCAAUCCUACUUUUUGCACUGAGAAUGCACUUUGAAGACAGAUGAGAUGGAGGGAUGCUACAGAGAUCAUAUGGUGCUGCCUCUGCUGAAGAUGUAUUGUUGACUGCCUAAUUUUUUGUCUGCAGUUGGGUGAAACUUGGCAACUCUGAGCUGCUGACUUUUGCUGUGGGGUUUUUCUGUAGUCUUCCCUGUCCUCUUAUUGCAGUUUGAAUCUGCAAUGAGCUAAAAUUAUCAUAUCAAAGCCUUUUGUUACUGACCUUGUAGGAUUUGGCACUUGCAGUAAGUAUAUUGGUAUCUAUGCUGGUAUUAAUCAGUAUUUUCAAAACUCAGAUAUUAUACAAUAGCAGACAUCAGUGUUUGAUGUUUUCCCAAGGAAUCCAGGACAGAAACAAUUAAUUGUCUAGAGACUACCUUCUCUGAAAUAUAUUCAAAUCAUUAGACAGGCCUGGGAAUCAUCGUACCCCCACUGAAAGAGCAAAAGUAGCUAUCUUAAGGCUUGUUUGUCCUCUUUUGCUUAACUGAUAGUGUAAGGUGGAACAGAUUGCAGGGGAAGGGCAUGGCAUCUCCACUGAUGGAGGUCUUUGAGAGCAGGUGAACCAGAUGAAACAAGUAGGUGUAGUUGAUCUUGGCUUCAAGGUAGGUUGAAUGAACUUCAGUGGUAUCUUGAGGUCCCUCUCAGCCCUAUUUUUCUAUGACCUGGUGCUUUCAAGAAGAUGAAGUCUUAUGGUAUGGCUGUUUAUCUUGCUUUUUUGUUUCAAACUUUGGUUCCAUCUGUCCCUUUUUUCCUACCGCCUGUUUCUCAGGCUGUAGUGAAAUUGCCUCAGCUUUGGGAAGGGAAUUAGCAGGAACUCUUUCUUUAAAGCUGUGUUGACUUGCAGAAGUAAAUUACAUGUUCCCAAAUUUAUCUUCUGUUUUUUCUCCUUUCUUACACUUUUUAGGAGUGACCCAUGAAACCCGAGACUGUUCUUAUGCACACUGGUACUUGUUUAAGGCUAUUUUGAAAAUGAGGCUUGUUAGUAGUUGGAUUGUGCAAACAGGAAUUGGAACAUCUGGAUUCUGUUUCAUUUUGUCUCUGAUUCACUGUGUGACCCUGGGCAAAUAAUGUAACCUCUGUGCCUGAAUUUCCCCAUCUGUAAAUAAUAGGAAUAAUACCUACCUCACAAGGGGAGGGGUUGGGACAUAUGUAAUGGUCCUUUGAGAUCUUUAAGUGAAAGGCCCUAUAGACAUAUAAAUUCUUCAUUCUUGUUCAAAUAUUAAAAAACUAAAUCAGGAGCAAGAACAGACCCCUGUCUUGAAUGAGGAAGUCACAUAAAUAGGUUGUGCCUAUGCUCACAGUUUUCUGUACAGGGACUUCCAAGUGUGUCUGUGCCACUACAGGUAUAACUUAGUGGCUGUAAUGAAAGCUUCACGCUUCCCUAGGUUCAACACUAUAAAUAAGAGAUGUAGCCUUUAAAUGAGUGUAAUAGGGUAGUCUGCUUUGUUGCAGGUUAAGCAUAUCUGUUCACUCUUUUUGUACAGGUCUGCGCUCAUUUUGCUGAUCUACUGACCAUUUGGUUGCAAAUAUCUCAUUUGACAGUGCCGCCAAUGCAGUGCUCAGCCUGUUGGGGCAGUCCAGUCCUGGUGUGAAAGCAGUGUAGCCAAAUACUUCCUGCAGCUGUCAGCACAGAGAACCUGUGUGUUUACGUGCAUGUAACUGGACUUUAAAAACCAGCAUGUGAGGAAGAACUGUACAUAAGGUUUUUUAGUUCUGUUUGAGGACUGAAACUAGCAUGUUGCCAUUAGUCAAGUGCACCUUUUUUCCAAGCAAUUACAGUAUGUUUUUGUGUAGAAAGGUCACAUAUUUCUUAUUUAUCACAUUCCAUGAAAAAUUUUUAAUGGCAGAAUUACUUUCUGCCACGGUCCCCAUUAAAUGCUCCAGAGCUAGCUUUAAUUGUGCUAUACUAGGUGCUGAAGUUGGAUAGACUGUGUAGACAAGGUGUUGUGAUGUGGGACUAAGACAUUUAAAAAAGAAAACUUACAUUUCUGACUGUUUUGUUAAAUGUAGAACUUAGCAUUGUUGAUUUCUUAAGCAUUCAUAGUUUUACUUUCCAUUUCUGAAAAAUUAAUCUGUGAUCCCGAGACUAGCAAAAAGACAAAACCCAUCCAACAGAUGAUUGAUUUUAAUUGUGCUAUAAAUCAAGCUCAAGGAAGUCAAAGGGACUAAAAAGAAAGGGAUUAAAACAGUCUGUUAUUCAAAGUCUGCCUUACCAUUUUAAAAAGACUGAAACAAAACAGGAUCAGCUGUUCUUAAAUGUAAUGUUUUCUAUCCAAAAAAUAUCGUUAUAAAUGUCAUGGGGAGUAUCAUGUGCUCUGCAAAGGUGUCACCUGGAAUAGCCCCAUUUGAACAGAAAUCUUUAAAAUCCAUUUACUUGCACGAAAUGGAAGGCUACCUGUUUAGGUCACAUUGUUUUAACUCAACCUGCUAAAGUUUCUGUAAGUUCACCAAGUAAACUCUAGGUUUCUGUCUAGUUCCCAUCAGUCAAGACAGCUGGAAGAACAAGUCGUUCUGUCACCUCUUUUGCUUAAGAAAGUUGAGGAUGACAUAUCAAACCCUCCUUGCCACUCUCUCUCUUUUAGAUAAUCACUUGGUGAAAGUGGUUAUGUAGCUGAACAGUAAGAGCAUCUUCACUAAUACGGAAUGGACGUUGCUCCAUCAAAUGGGUAGGACAGGUGACAAGGAGUCAAGUCAGGGUUUUCAAACUAGAUACUGUUAUUACAAAGCUGCUAGAAAGAUUAGGUAGAAGCAUAAUGUUUGGGGUGUGUUUGUUUGUUUGUUGGUUUUUUUUAAACCCUCACUUGAUGCAAUUAUCUUCAUUGAAUCUAGAACAUGAAUUAACCCGAGGCAGUCUUUGAGCAUCAACCCAUAACUGUCCUCCGGUGACUAACCUGAGGUAUCAGGCAAGAGAAGACUGUUGUGGAACCAAGACUAUUGACUUUAGUAGGUGGUAGGGUAUUCUCUGACAGGCAGAGGGGGCUCUCAAGGCAAAGAGCUGUUUUACCUUAGGAAUUCCCAAACCUCUCCCUAUAUCCAUCUGUGCCAUCCUGGCUUGAAUUUGCUUCUUUCUUAAUCUGUUGGUGUUUUUCCUUCCCACUUGUGUGAGGUGAGGUGUUCCACAUCUCCAAAGGAAUGCUCCACUGUAGUCCACUAGAUAGUGAGAAGAUGUGAGCCCGUCAGCUCACAAAUCUUUUUUUCCUACUGACCACUAUUAUUCCCAUUUUUCAGGGAGAUAAAAGUUUCAGAAUAUUGUUCAUUAACAUACUUUUCUAGUAGUAUUCUUGAGGGAAAUAGUGAAAACAUUAUUUAAAAAAAUUCCAAUAAAUGCAUUGCUUCCUAAGUAUCUGAAUAAGUUGCACUUUUUUUUUUCUGAGAAAAUUAGAAAAAGAUAACAUGAGAGCACAAAAUCACUGAGCAGUCUGAAACGUAAUGACAAAAGAAUGGAGUAAAGUGUAUCUAAUUACAGGAGGAUGGGGCAGUUUUUUAACUGAUAGUAGUAAUGAGAUUGUAGCUGAGAGAAAUGUUUGUGGUCUAGAAAUAUGCUUGUGCUUUUGUUUAGUCAGCUACCAGUAUGGAUCACUAUGUAAUUGAUAUGCUGAUUUAGGAAAUACAAAAAAGUUUGUUGACCCUUCAAAAUAUGCUGUUCUUGUAGCCUGUUUGGUUUUCCUGUGAAACUGGGGGGAAAGCACAGACAUAGCAACCAGUGCAAAAAAAUUAUGAUUUUAUUUUAUAAAUUUCUACUGGUUUCACAGAAAUUGAGUGUGGGACAAGUAGAAAGAAGAAAGCUUUUGUGUCAAAACUAAGGUGAUUAAGUAGUUCUGGAUUUUUUUUGCUGAUACCGUUGCUUCUUACGGACUGCACAAUGCUCUGUUUUACCAGCAAGCAGGUCUUGAUCUCCUUUCAGUCCUUUUCAGAGGUGCAAAUGUAACCUUUUGUAGGUAUUUUCUCUCCAGAUGAGUAUUGCAGUGGAUUGAUAUUCAUUAUGAGUCAGGAAACCUCAGUGAAAAUACUCUUUUUGUAAAGGUUUUCUAAAAAAAGGAGUAUUUUUAAAGUGAAUAUUUUGCUGUUGACGUAGAAAGACCUAUUCUGGCUUGACAUGUUUUUAUGAUGAAGUAUUUUUCUGUACCUCUAGGAAUGGGAGUAGUUGCCUUCCUCUUCAUAGCAUGCUGUUAUCUUAAGACUUUGUGGACAAUACUGCGUAGAGAUGUUGCUUCGAUAUGUCACGAAACUGGAUACCUCUCAUUCUGUCGAAGGUGAGGCAGUAAUGGUCGAGUAAAGAAAGGUCUUUGCCACCUGGAGUGUUCUGUUAAAUAGAACAUGACAGGAAACCUCUCAUCUUGAGUCACCUUUCUAGCUUGAGCUUAACUUUUAUUUGGAAUUUAAUUAAUCUCUGUGGGAUUAAUGUGGGAGCUGGAGUCCCUUUAGAUGUAUGGAACCAAACCUAAUACUGUAUCCCAAAAUUCAGUGACAGCCUGUUACUUUUGUAAGUAAUUUUAAACCAAUUAUAAUGGGCUUGUUUCUUUUGGAUUUUUUUUUUUUAAAUCUUUCUUCUUGGAAAAAGUGCUUAUUGCUUUCUAACCUUUUUCAUUAUUUUGGAAAUGUUCUCAAGAACUCUUACCAAUUCUGUGUUGAAUAAGGAGGUUUGUAUCUUUCACAGUGAUUUAGGCCCUCCUUUUGGCUUUGCUUUUUUUGGUAUGAAACAAGAACAUCUAUAUUUGGAAACUAAGAUUUCUGAUCCUUAUCCUGUCACUGCAGAUCAGUUUCUUAGCUUCCAUGCUUUUAAAUCACUUAAGACUACAAUUUGGAUAAAACUGGACAGUAAGAGUGAGGGGAUAAACAUGUUUUAAAAUGUGUUUGCGAACAAGCAAUAAGAACACCAAAUAUGGGAACCAAAAUAUACUCAUGCUGUCACAGAGCAUAACUUUCAGACUUCAUAAACAUUUGGUUGAUUAUGUAAUUAGGGUACCUUUAGGAAAGAAUGCCUUCCAAUGUUUUUCUGUUACGUUUACUAUUUUAAGAUUAGACUGUGAUUAAGAUUAGAAUAUGGUGGUUUUCACAGUAUGGUAGCUAGCUGGACAGAAAGGAUUUUUACCCAAAUUUGUCUCUCUGAUUUUUUCCUCUAUUUUCAGUCAAGUUUGUGGUUUAAUUUUUUUUUAUUAUUUUAUUUUUUUUUGGUGUGUGUGUGUGUUUAACAAACAAUACAGUCUUCUUAAGAAGAACUUAGGUUUUAUUGGUUCCUUAGCCUUACUUUCGUGGUUUCACAAGGCAGUAUGGAAAUGAAUUCAUGGCUUAUUCUGCUGCUCCCUCUAUUGAACACACUAGUAGAAAGUCAUAUGCUGCAGUUAAGAUGUGCAUUUGCUUUUGGUUUUUCCCAUGCUGAGUUUUUUUUCAGCAGCUCUGCUAUUGGUCAGAGAUGGACACAACUUCUGAAAUUACCUAUAUCAACUUUAUUUUUGUAUGUCGAAAGUAGUCACUGCCAGGCUAAUGAGGUAUGUGUGCUUGAUUAAAAAGUAGUUUGUCACUGGUGACUGGGUGGUGGAUCUGAUGUAGCUACCAGGAUUAUUAUUAUUCCUCUCUAACAAGGAUCUCUCUUUUUGCUACUGGAAAGUCUCCAGCACUUCAUCAGUGUUUGUACACAAGAAAUACAUUUUAUCUCCUUCUGUACAUGUGUGAAAAACCUCUUACUUUUUCUGACCAGGAACAUAAUUUUCCUACUAAGAAUGGCUUCUUGGACUCUGUGUUUUUGUUCGUUUUCUGUUUGUUUGGGGAUGUUGAUUAUUUUUGGUUUGUAUUUUAAGCCUAUGAAAUAUAUAUAUGUCUGAGGUGCAUCCUGUAUUCCUAGGUGCCUUCCAUCUCACGUGUUUCCUUGCUAGGAGCUGAGUUUUUUGGAGGAAACUCCUGGUUGUAGCUUUCAGUACUGUUCUUCAUCACACACCAGGCCAAAUACCAGAACAGUGCUCAUGUGCUCCCAGUUAGAGAUGUGCCCACACCCCUCUGUGAAGACAUGUGCUAUCACUGGCUCUCAGUGUCUCUGUUAGAAUUUUGCCCCUGCCCCAUCUUUAUUGGUUAUUUAUUCUUGUUACCAAAGUAACAAGCCUAAGACAGAAAACAAUACAUAUUUUAGGUGUGCUUUGACCUAAAAGGUUUCCAAGCUAGAAGCAUAAGAUACAACUGGGUGAAGUGAAAGUGGAGGUUGGCAGGAAAUAACAAAUAAGAAUGAAGUUAUCCUUCUUAAUGUAAGUCAGAGAACAGAGCUGCUUGGUAAUCUGUUGGCAUCAUUGGUCAUUUGGGUCCCAAAGAAGAAUUUGAGGAAUGUGUAGUCACUUAAUGUGUAGUUACUUAAUUUCAUAGAAUGGUUUGGGUUGGAAAGGACCUUAGAGAUCAUCUAGUUCCAGUCCCUCUGCUAUGGCCAGGGACACCUUCAACUAGACCAGUUGCUCAAAGUCCCAUCCAACUCAUCCAGUUUCUGGUUGGUUUGUUGUAUUUUACCCUGAGCUACCUCAUUUAUAGAGAUAGAAUGGGAAGAAAGUUCAAGUUUUGGUAAGAAUUGCACUAAGUAAGCAAUUGAGGCUGGAAUGAGAUGGGAGAGCAGAGGCAAACACUGCGUUUGGCUCUUUGAUGUGCAAAUUCCUGAUGGAGAAAUAAAACCAACCGUUUGGUUUAUUAAGAUUAUACUUUCUUUAUAGAUUGGUGUCUCCAAAAUAAACAAUAAAGGACAAGGCAGGGCAUUUUUCAUGAUGAUUUCUGAUCUGUGGAAGAGUUGAUUGUCCACAGACCAAAAGGUGGUGAUUUCAUAUUGGUCACUACUGUUUUUACAAGCAACAGUCUGUUUUUUUCAGAACAGAUUUUUUUUUUUUUUAAUUAUCUCAUGUGCUCUUAAAAUGGAUGUACACAUGAUCCUGAUUGUUUUCCUGUAUUUGCAGUCCUGUUUUCCUAAUGUAUCAGCUCCUAAUAACAGUCCUUACUGUGUCUGAAUGCUACUAAUGUGCAGACAAUAUAGCUGAUAUUAAGAAACUAUGACACAUUUUUAGUGUGCAGUGUAGUGGAUUCAUAAGCUCAGCUUGAAGUGGACUACUGUGAGAUCUGUAGCUGGUGGGUCAGAUGGAUGCACAGCUAGCAAAAAAGGGCUUAGAACAAAUCUGCAGGAGGAAUGCCAAAGUUUUAUUUGCUUAAAAUAAGCAAUUUGAAAAGUAAUCAUGGUGGGGAAAAAGGCCUUUCAUUAUUCAGAAAUACUUUUCUAGGAUCUUGUCCAUGCUCUAAAUUUUAGCAGCCAGGAUAGCUAGAGAAACUACAUUGUGUUCAAAAGUUUUUGGCUGAAACAUAAGACUAGAAUAAUGCAUUUUAAAUAUGCUAUUUCAGAGUGAUUGAUGCUGUCUCCCUGUUCUAUCUUUGUUUCACUUCAGAUUUUUCUCAAGAACAGAUGUUGAGGUUGGAUAAAACUAACCUCCUUGUCUGGGGAGACAUAUUUGUCUGAAAAAAAGAAACAUUGUUCUAGGCGUGUGCUGAUGCUUUUGUGUCUCGCAGUCUUAGCAGGAGAGAUUAUAAUGGAGCAGGAAGACAUGCUGGUGUUUUUCCAAGCUUUGUUGAUAAGAUGCUGCUAACAGCAGUUAAGUUUCAGAACAAACAUGGCCUCUGAUUGCUGUGUGGCAUAGCUCCGUUGCACACUGAGCUUCUUGAGGUUUUUCUAUUCCUUAGGUUUUUCUGGAAUUUGUGAAUGUGGCCACUUCUCAGCUCGGGUAAUGUCUUUGCUCCCAGGCCUAGUCAGUGUCUCAAAAUGAGUUGUUACUGUCGGCUGCCCAAAUAUUCACAUUAGGCUUGUUGUAGUAGGAAGAGUUCAUAUUUAGGGUAAUUACUUUUCAAGUUAAAAGGGAAGAGACCUCAAUUCAGAAAACUCUUCAUCACAUACUUAAACAUCACUGAAGUCAGUGGAAUGUGUCUGUGGGUCAAAAUGCACAAGACCUCGGUUCAGCAAAGCUCUUUAAGUUGGGGGAUUGUCCUAUAGAGACCAGUGGUGAAGGACCAGGCUCUUUACUUGGAUUGCCAGAGAAAAGAGUCAGUUAACCUGAGGAAAGAGUUCCUCAACAAGCUUCUGGGUAAAUGCUGGUUUGACUGCUGACUCUUGUGGCCUUUCCAUGACUGCACAUGCCAUGCCUAUUUGACUGCUAAUUCUUACCAUAAGCAGGGUAAGCAUUGAGAAUGUUUUCUGACAUAGGAUGAAAGAGCAACAACUUCUGCAUUAGCAGAUUGAUAUCUGUAAAGGGGCAGUUAAGUGGUGACUGGAGAUUGUGUGUGCAAAUGGCAGUUUAACCUGGGGCCAUUUCUCUGGUGUUUGUUCUCAUUUUCAAAAUGCAUCCCUCCAGGCUGGUGGACAGACAUGACAAGGUUCAGCAGUGAUCAACAUCCACCACUUCACUAGAGUUCUAGGGUUCUUGUCUGUCAGCUGUUGGCACAGCACUUUGUGCUGCUGUAUGUGAAUCCUUUCUUGUAAAUUCACAACAAGCUAGAAAUAUCUGAGAUAUUUUGCCUCACUCAAGUUGAGAGGCUUAAAUGGAGUGGCAGGCAGCAGUGGUGGAAAAAUCAGGGAAAAUACCUGUGCUUUUAACAAUGUCUUUUCUGUGGCUUUGAAAGUUCAAGAAUUUCUCAGCCAGAGAAUGUAUUUCCUCCCUCUUUUUAUAAGCUACUUCUUUCUUUUGCCUUAUUAUUUGUGGAUCUUCUCCUGCUUCUGUUUAAAGCCAGAUGCAAAAAGCAGUGACCUGACUUUCCUAGGUACAAUGUUGUAAAUCUGAAGAACCAGGUGAGUAGAUCUCUUUAGUAUAAGAUCAUGCCCCAUGUUUGAUCCUUUGAGAUAUGAGGUAGUUCCUACUUGUGUUGAAAUCACUGUGUAGAGGAUGUUGGGUACUUCAUAAAGAACUCCAAACUCUGUAGGACUGAGAUUCAUCUUACAACUCCAGUAUUUCAGUCUGGUUUUGGAGACCUCUCUGUGUCUUCUCUUCUGUUUAUGGUGUUGAAAAGUUUGUUGCUAUGGAAGUAGCACCUGAAGGUAUAUUUUGCCUGAAGAACCUGCAGUGAAGCAGUUGCAUUAGCAAAUGGCAAUGUACCCCAGAGUUGAGUAAAAUAACAGAGGCCACCAAGUUUUUCUUGUUUGUGUGAUGAAAUGUUGUCAAAUUAAGUGAUUCGUUGGAGCCUUCCUUUAACUUCUGUACAGCAGUAAGCUUAGAGGAAAAGAGGAUUGCAUUAUUUUUUAAAAAGCUUUAUUUGUGACCUGGACUUGUUGCCUCUGACCCUCUUGGGCUUAAAUAGUUAAAUUAUAUUAAUGUCCGGUUUGUUUCACUGUAGGUAACACAUCAACUGAAUACUCUUGUGCAUAAUCUACUGUAUCUUUCCUCUGUUCCGUGUCAAUGUAUUAUGUGUAUUUGGAUUACAGUUCUUUUUGUAUUAAAUUAUUUUAUGUUAUAGAACAAUAUUUAAGCGAAGCAAAGAGCUAUUGGAAGUUGUUGGCGUUUUGGGAUUUCUUUUCUCUUUGCUCUUUUUUUGGAUGUACUGUAAAUUGUAAACCAAGGAUGCCAAGCAGGCUUGGUUCAAUGGCUAAAAUUAUUGUAUUACAGUGUAAUGCUGAUCUAGGCCUUGUCUCAACACUAGAGCACACAGACUUGAAUAAAACUGUUAUAAAAGUGA